GUGUGCGAGUAGGAAGCCGGUGUAGUGAGCUGUGCGCAUGAACAUCCCUCCCUCUGCAGUUAAUAAGGUUUGGACACAGCCAGAGCUGCACUCACAUCUCCCUGGUAACCCCUCUCUGUUGGCACCGACAUGGCCACCCCGCUGUCAGACUCGGACAAAAAGAAGCAGAUCAGCGUGAGGGGCAUCGCCGGCCUUGGGGAUGUGUCCGAGGUCAGGAAGAGCUUCAAUCGGCACCUGCACUUCACCCUAGUGAAAGACCGGAACGUGUCCACUCCGAGGGACUAUUACUUUGCCCUGGCGCACACGGUCCGUGAUCACCUGGUGGGACGAUGGAUCAGGACGCAGCAGUAUUACUACGAGAAGGAUCCCAAGCGAAUCUAUUAUCUCUCCCUGGAAUUCUACAUGGGUCGUACCCUGCAGAACACAAUGCUUAAUCUGGGACUGCAACAUGCCUGCGAUGAAGCCAUUUAUCAGCUGGGCCUGGAUAUGGAAGAGCUUGAGGAGAUAGAAGAGGAUGCAGGUCUCGGGAAUGGUGGAUUGGGGCGUCUGGCAGCUUGCUUCCUGGACUCUAUGGCAACACUUGGACUUGCAGCUUAUGGAUAUGGAAUUCGAUAUGAAUUUGGAAUAUUCAACCAAAGGAUUAUGAAUGGCUGGCAGGUUGAAGAAGCAGAUGAUUGGUUGCGGUAUGGAAAUCCCUGGGAAAAAGCUCGCCCUGAGUUCAUGCUUCCGGUCCAUUUCUAUGGCAGAGUAGAGCACACAGCUGAAGGUUCCCAGUGGGUUGACACGCAGAUUGUUCUGGCAAUGCCUUACGAUACACCAGUCCCUGGAUACAAAAAUAACACCGUGAACACCAUGAGGCUGUGGUCAGCCAAGGCCCCUAAUGAGUUCAACCUAAAAGAGUUUAAUGUUGGGGACUACAUAGAGGCCGUGCUGGACAGAAAUCUGGCGGAAAACAUCUCUCGAGUCUUGUACCCUAAUGACAAUUUCUUUGAAGGCAAAGAGCUGCGACUGAAGCAGGAGUACUUCGUUGUGGCUGCGACGCUACAGGAUAUAAUCAGGCGAUUCAAGUCUUCUAAGUUUGGAUGUCGGGACCCCGUUAGAACCUGCUUUGAUACAUUCCCAGACAAGGUUGCAAUACAGCUGAAUGACACUCAUCCUGCACUCGCCAUCCCAGAGCUUAUGAGGAUUCUAGUAGAUGUGGAGAAAAUGGACUGGGAUAGGGCCUGGGAUGUCACCAAGAAGACCUGUGCUUAUACAAACCACACAGUGCUGCCCGAGGCUCUGGAACGAUGGCCUGUGCACUUGUUUGAGAAAUUGCUGCCCCGUCACCUGGAGAUUAUCUAUGCAAUCAAUCAACGACACCUAGAUGAAGUGGCUGCCAUGUAUCCAGGGGAUAUGGACCGACUGAGGAGAAUGUCUAUUAUUGAAGAAGGAGAUUGCAAAAGGAUCAAUAUGGCUAACUUGUGUGUGAUUGGCUCUCAUGCUGUGAAUGGAGUGGCCAGGAUUCACUCUGAAAUAGUGAAGAAUUCUGUUUUCAAAGAUUUCUAUGACCUGGAACCAAACAAGUUCCAGAACAAGACCAAUGGCAUCACCCCAAGACGCUGGCUUAUGCUGUGCAACCCAGGCCUGUCUGAUAUCAUUUCUGAGAAAAUUGGAGAGGAUUUUGUGACAGACUUGAGCCAGUUACGCAAGUUACUGGAGUUUGUUGAUGAUGAAAGUUUUGUGCAUGAUGUAGCGAAGGUCAAGCAGGAGAACAAACUAAAGUUCGCAGCUUACUUGGAGCAGGAAUACAAAGUCAAGAUAAACCCUUCCUCUGUGUUUGAUGUGCAAGUCAAGAGAAUCCAUGAAUACAAGAGGCAGCUGCUCAAUUGUUUACACAUUAUUACUCUGUACAAUAGAAUCAAGAAAGACCCAUCCAAGGUUUUUGUUCCAAGGACUGUUAUGAUUGGAGGAAAGGCGGCUCCUGGUUACCAUAUGGCUAAAAUGAUCAUCAAGUUAAUCAACGCCAUUGCAAGUAUUGUAAAUAACGAUCCAGUUAUCGGUGACAGACUGAAGGUCAUUUUCUUGGAAAACUAUCGAGUGUCAAUGGCAGAAAAAGUGAUUCCCGCAGCCGACUUGUCUCAGCAGAUCUCUACUGCCGGCACCGAGGCUUCUGGAACAGGAAACAUGAAGUUUAUGUUGAAUGGAGCCUUGACUAUAGGAACCAUGGACGGAGCCAAUGUGGAGAUGGCAGAAGAGGCGGGAGAAGAAAACUUGUUCAUCUUUGGCAUGAGAGUGGAUGACGUUGAUGCUCUGGACAGGAAGGGGUACAAUGCUAGAGACUACUAUGAUAGAAUCCCAGAGCUGCGGCAGGCGAUGGAUCAGAUCAGAGAUGGACAUUUCUCCCCCAGAGAAACCGAUCUGUUCAAGGAUGUUGUCAAUAUGCUAAUGAACCAUGACAGGUUUAAGGUUUUUGCUGACUAUGAAGAUUAUAUCAAAUGCCAAAAGAAAGUGGACCAGUUAUACAUGAACCCCAGAGAAUGGACAAAGACGGUGAUCAGAAACAUUGCCUGCUCCGGGAAGUUCUCCAGCGACAGGACCAUCAGUGAAUAUGCAACAGAAAUCUGGGGAGUGGAGCCAUCGACAGUGAAGAUCCCACCACCCAACAUACCAAGGGAGUAAAGCCCAGAGGGUGCAUGUUCUCGCUGUCCUCUGCUGACAGUUGUGUUGCUACAGGAUUAGUAUAUUGUCCACCACUUGUGACUUAGCACCAUUUUCCCUAUCAAAGCUUAAGCCUCUGGGAAACACUUGUGUUGUUUUUAUUAGGGCUCUCCGCAGGUAGAAAGCCUCACAUAGCUCACUGCUCAACUGAAGCGUAUUAUAAAUUCUCCCCCUAUAAGCUUGCUUUUAUAUAUCUUGUUCUUCUGCGCUUGUUGACCUACAACUCUCAACGUCUAUGAGCUGGUUGUUGUAGUUCAGCAGUGCUGAAUGUCUUAGCAAUGAGUUCCCUUGAUUGGUUAUUGUAAGGAUAGGGCAGUGCUACCCAAUCAGAAUCCUGAAUACUGUAACGGAGGGGAAGGUUUAGCAGGGAACAUGGUGCUGUAGAUACAGUCUACUACAAGGUGCUGAGGAACCGAGACUUACUAAUCCGGAGUAAGAAUUUCCCAGAAUGUUGUGUUUUCUACCCAUACAGCUCUGUACCACUUCUGUCCUGAGGAAGAAAGAGAACAAGCGUCUGUGUCUGUAGUUUUCAUGGCUUUGUGACACUUUAGUGUGGGGGAUUUAUUUAAAGUACUGUAUUCCUUAUGGAACAUUUGCAUGUGCUCUCAGCAUUGAUAACAGAGCCGCGUCUCUCUGGCUGGGCUACAUCCCUGGAUGCUGGGAGUUGAGAGAGACGCAGUUCAGCUAUCCCUGCUUUUAGUUGACCAUUAUUUUAAUGUGUGUCUUGCACAGAAGCUGCUGAAUUCACUUCUGUUAUUUCAUACCGUUAACCAUUUUGGACAUAGGAGGCUACUAGUUGAUGAUAAGCAGCGGGAAGUGUCUGUAGAUUAGUGGCAAUAAUCCCCAUUUAUAGGAGGGGGAGUCCCUGUAUUUUGCUCAUAUGGAAGCAGUAGAGAAUUAAGCAAAUAUAUUGAGAAUAAAAGUUCUAACCAUUAUACUUUACUGUGGGGCAAAUUCUAAUUUCUGGUACUAAAAAUAACAAGGGAAAGUGUCCCAUGUGGGAAUAACAAACACGAGUGACAUCUUUACUGCUCUCAACCACUCAGGGCUUUGCACCAUAACCUUCACAUUUGUGGGCAAUAAACCCAAUACUGCCGGUUGUAAACAGCGAGUUAUUAUUUGCAUGGGACCCAGGCACACGGGGGGAUGGGAGGAGCUGCUGUUUUAUUGUCUGUAUGAGAUGCAUUAUAUGCCCCACUGAGACUUACCCUGGGAAACUGAUACUGUUCUGCUUGGCAUCUCUCUAGAUAGGGCAUAGGACAGCUCUAGUACUCGCUUCUCCUGUUUCACUGCAUUUUAUAUUUGAGGAACAUUAUAUAUAUAUAUUUAAGGGGAUUCUGUCAUGCUUUUUAUGAUUAUUUCUAAAUUACACUGUUUACACUGCAGAUAAUUCACUCUACAAUAUACAUUUUAAUUCCUGAACCAGCAAGUGUAUUUUUUUAGUUGUAAUAUUGGUGUGUAGGCGUCAGGUGAUUUUGCCUGGUCAUGUGCUUUCAGAAAGAGCCAGCACUUUAGGAUGGAACUGCUUUCUGGCAAGAUGUUGUUUCUCCUACUCAAUGUAACUGAAUGUGUCUCAGUGGGACCUGGAUUUUACUAUUGAGUGCUGUUCUUAGAUCGGUAGCUGUUAUCUUGUGUUAGGGAGCUGCUAGCUGGUUACCUUCCCAUUGUUCUGUUGUUAGCCUGCUGGUGAUAUCACUCCAACUUGCAGUACAGCAGUAAAGAGUGACUGAAGUUUAUCAGAACACAAGUCACAUGAUUGGGGGCAGCUGGGAAACAGACAAUAUGUCUAGCCCCAUGUCAGAUUUCAAUAUUAAACAUAAAAAAAUCAGUUUGCUCUUUUGAGAAAUGGAUUUCAGUGCAGAAUUCUGCUGGAGCAGCACUAUUAACUGAUUCAUUUUGAAAAAAGCAUGACAGUAUCCCUUUUAACCUAUGGUUUUAUUAAUGGAUCAUUUUAAGAAAAUAUAAUGAGUAGGGCAGCAAUGGACCACGUUGUAUGAUGCUCCAUUAGCCAUUCAGAACUGAACCUGUGCGUGUCUUUCUGUACUACCGAUACCCAAUCGCCCCUUCCCCCCAUUUGACCAAUCAGUACAUUCUUUCUUCUAUAACAAAGGAGUGUGUAAUGUAAUCGCUGAGUGGCCUGAGCACAAAGCUUUGUCCAUAUAGAUCAUUGCAGCGGGGAGAGGUCAUUGCUCCCACGUGGCAGGUAUGAAUGAGAAGAGAAGCUAUAAUAUUAGUAAGUAAUAUUUAUGAAAACUGAUUCUUAUUCUGGGCAUUAAAAGAAGAAAUGAAAUAUUUGUGAGCAAUGACUUAACCAUAACGGUGGAGUGGCCAUACUGCUGAGCGAGUGUAUUGAGUCUGAUGGAUACAGACUACUUGUAAAUAAGAAUGUAUAAUGGAAGUGUAAUGUAUGCACAGCAGAUCCACAGUGUGUCACGCAUUGUCCUGAGCUUCCGACGUGUAAUAAACAUUCAUCCAAUGAAA